AUGGAAAUGAAUCGUAACUCAUUGUACGUCAUGUUUGUAUGGGAAAUGGGGCGUUUUACAAACCUGCCACGGCUCAGGGGGGCACAGCUCCGAAAGCACAUAGAUGCAACGCUCGGCAGUGGAAACCUUAGGGAAGCUGUGAGGCUGCCUCCUGGAGAGGAUAUCAAUGAAUGGCUUGCUGUUAAUACUGUGGAUUUCUUUAAUCAAGUUAACCUGCUGUAUGGCACACUCACAGAGUUCUGCACUUCCGAGAGCUGCCCAACAAUGACUGCAGGCCCAAAGUAUGAGUACCGAUGGGCUGACGGUGUACAGAUAAAGAAGCCUAUAGAAGUGUCAGCACCAAAAUACGUGGAGUACCUAAUGGACUGGAUUGAAGGCCAGCUUGACAAUGAAUCCUUAUUUCCUCAGAAGCUUGGCACACCAUUUCCACCCAACUUCAAGGAUGUUGUAAACACAAUUUUCAAGCGCUUGUUUCGUGUUUAUGCCCACAUAUACCAUUCCCAUUUUCAGAAGAUUGUCAGCCUCAAGGAGGAGGCUCAUCUUAACACCUGCUUCAAGCACUUCAUUCUGUUUACAAACGAAUUUGGGCUGAUUGACAAGAAAGAACUGGCUCCCCUCCAGGAGCUCAUCGAAUCAAUCAUCGUUCCCUACUGA